GCCCCACGUGUUCCGACCCGCUGGGCCCCGCGCGCUGGGAUCCCGCUCCGCUCUUUCGGCGGAGAGUGGGAGGGAGCAGGCGGGCAGGGGAGGAGCCGCCGGAGCUGCGGGAGACCUAUACUCUACUACUUUUGCACUCUGUCUAUACAUCAUAAUUGCAGAAUACAGACUUUCCGAAGGCACCACAAGGUUUAUUACUUCAGUGUGAGAGCAUUACAGACUAUUCAGAAAGGAGAGGAGACUUUGCUGUUGGUCCCUUGAGAAGAACCCUUUGAGGUGGCCAGGCUAAGACGGGCAAUGUCAGUGUGAGCUCCAGAUGGUGUAAGACCACCUAAGAGCCAGAAAAUGGCGACAGCCUUGGAACCAGAGGACCAAGAUCUUUGGGAAGAAGAGGGAAUUCUGAUGGUGAAACUGGAAGAUGAUUUCACUGCCACACCUGAGUCCAUCUUGCAGAAGGACGACCCUGUGCUGGAGACUUCUCACCAGAACUUCCGCCGCUUCCGCUACCAGGAAGCAGCAAGCCCUCGGGAGGCACUUAUCAGACUCAGAGAACUUUGUCAUCAGUGGCUCAGGCCAGAGAGGCGGACAAAGGAGCAGAUCCUAGAACUGCUUGUGCUAGAACAGUUCCUCACUGUCCUGCCUGGAGAACUGCAGAGUUGGGUGCGCGGCCAACGGCCAGAAAGUGGUGAAGAGGCAGUGACACUAGUGGAGGGUUUGCAGAAACAACCCAGGAGACCAAGGCGGUGGGUGACCGUCCAUGUUCAUGGCCAGGAAGUCCUGUCAGAGGAGACAGCACACCUAGGGGUGGAGCCUGAGUCCCCAAGUGAGCUGCAGAACCCAGCACAGACCUUGACCCCUCAUCAGUCCCACACAGAAACUCUCCUGAGCCCAGAUCUGGAGGCAUCAAAACAACAGAGCACGCACCAUGAAGAGGAGCUCCAUCCCCAGCAGGAAAGCGAGGUUCCUGUGUCCCAAGACCCAGACCUUCCAGCAGAAAGGGGCUCGGGAGACCCAGACAUGGUUACUCUUCUUGCUGCUCUGUCACAGGGAUUGGUAACAUUCAAGGAUGUGGCUGUAUGCUUCUCUCAGGAACAGUGGAAUGAUCUGGAUCCAACACAGAAAGAAUUCUAUGGAGAAUAUGUCUUGGAAGAAGACUGUGGAAUUGUAGUUUCUCUGUCAUUUCCAAUUCCCAGAUUAGAUGAUGCCUCCCAGGUUACAGAACAAGAGCUUCAGGUCCCAGAUGAACAUGAGUCUCAUGAGCCUGAAGAACCAGAAAUCCUGAGUUUUAUCUACACAGGAGAUAUGAGUGAAGAUGAGGAAGAAUGUAUUGAGCAAGAUGUAACUUUAGAGGACACACAGAGGUCUAUUUUGGGGGAUCCAGAAAUUCCUCAGACUCCAGAUUGGGAAAUAGUCUUUGAGGAUAACCAGAGUAGACUUAAUGAAAGAAGAUGUAAUACAACUAUUUCUCAAGUUAAUAAUUUUAUGAAUAUUCAGGAGACAGCACCUAUCCACCCCCUGCUAGGGAAGCACCAUAACUGCCCUGUGUGUGCAAAAAGCUUCACAUGUAAUUCCCACCUAAUUAGGCACCUCAGAACUCAUACAGGAGAAAAACCCUAUAAAUGUAUGGAAUGUGGAAAAAGUUACACACGGAGCUCACAUCUUGCCAGGCACCAAAAGGUCCACAAGACCAACACUCCCUAUAAACAUCCUCUAAACCGGAAGAAUUUGGACUCUCCUGUGAUCCAGGCUGAGAAAACUGCACGUGUGGAGAAACCCUAUAGCUGUGAUAAUUGUGGAAAACACUUCCGCUGGACUUCAGACCUGGUCAGACAUCAGAGGACACAUACAGGAGAAAAACCUUUCUUCUGUACUGUUUGUGGCAAAAGCUUCAGUCAGAAAUCUGUGCUAACAACACACCAAAGAAUUCAUCUUGGCGGCAGGCCCUACUUGUGUGGGGAGUGUGGAGAGGACUUCAGUGAGCACAGGCGUUACCUGGCACACCGGAAGACUCACACAGCUGAGGAGCUCUACCUGUGCAGCGAGUGCGGGCGCUCUUUCAACCAUAGUGCUGCAUUUGCCAAACACCUGAGAGGACAUGCCUCAGUGAGGUCUUGCCGGUGCAAUGAAUGUGGGAAAAGCUUCAGCCGGAGGGACCACCUUGUCCGGCAUCAGCGAACACACACUGGAGAAAAGCCGUUUACCUGCCCUACCUGUGGGAAGAGCUUCAGCAGGGGGUAUCAUUUAAUGAGGCAUCAGAGGAUCCACUCAGCAAAGACGUCGUAGCUAAACGCCACUUGCGAACUUCAUUCAGGCCUCACCUAGAAUGGGAGGGGAGGGAUUCUUGGGCAACCUGAGAAGACCUUUUCUAAGGCAUCUCUCUGACCUGCCCAUAUCUUAUGUCACCUCUUCCUACCACCCAAAAAGGCCCCAGCCAAAACCUGACUUUUAAUGUUUUGCAACUGAGGCUUUUCUUUCACUGGUAUGCUCCUGCCUCUACCUCAUGGGUGUGAGUAGGAGGAUUAGAAAAUUGAAGAGAUUGUGGUUAUUACAUUUUGAAAACAAAUGUGGUUAUGUAUCCUCAAGACUACUUACCAGCCUCAAAGAUGACCACUUGGGCCUGGAAAGGGACCAGCCUGAUGGGGUCUGUCCUUACUGGGCUUCUUAAAGCACACAGCCCUAAAUUCAAGACAGGAGAUCUGUGUCCUAAUAGCUUUGCCACACACAGGAUAACUCCAGAUCCUCACUGACUCACCUCUUCACUACACUUUCCUUUGAUGCUGAGGAGAAAGGGAAAGCCUUAAGGACAAAAUCCUCAAGGCCACUUCACAAGAAAUUUUGCAGGCUGUUCCCUUCCCCAUUGUCAGUAUGACACCUGGUGCCACGCUGUAUGAAGGAAGGCAUGGUCAGUAGCCUUUUGUGGGUUUAUCUUUCUCCUGUCUAAAUACCUUUGUCUUGAACCUUCCUGCCAUUCAGCCAGUGUCAGUUGUGUACCUUGCACUUGUACUGCAAGUGAACUGUAGUCUGGAAGUGCUGAGUGAUAUCACUCACGUUCCUGCAUAUGUUCAGGCCCACCUCCCCUUCGCAUGGGUAGUGUCUGCUUAUAAAGGCACCAUGAUCAUUAUAGUCAUAAUUGACUGGGUCACUUUAUUUACAUGAAGGAAAUGAUAUGGUGUAAUAUCAAACUUCAGAUGAAUAUGAAAAGGCUGUUGUUGCUGCUGGCCAGAACCAUGAGGACUGUUGUGACACUUAGUCCUCAAGUAUCCCUGCCUCAGUUCUCUGGAGUUGGAAAUUUUCAAACCCUAGCACCUGGGACUCUGAGGAAUUUGCCAGAAGUAAAUGAUUUUUUUUUUAAAUCUGUGUUAUUUGCUCUUACGUGAGUUCAUUUUCAUGUAAACUAAGAACUAAAGUAUAUUAUCCUCUGGUGACCAAAGGGUCUCUUGCCUGUCUGAGACUCCAUGGAUAUGAGGCUGAAUAAUUAUGAACUAAACCUGCUCUAAUGAUGGGAGGGAAUGGAAAGGACUGGGGAGAGAUGCUCCAUAAAUGGAGCACAGGGUCUGGAUUAGAGCAUGUGAAGGGGGACAGACUUCUGUGCCUGAUUCUUUCUGCUUAUUUUACAACCCAUCUUGUGCGAGUAUGUUUCAGAGGAAUAUAGUAAGUUGACAAGACAUCUUCCCAGCCUUAACAGCCCAAUAAGGAAAUUCUCUUUAGCCAAUACUGGUAAUUUUGUGGAUUGGUUGGGUUUUAAUGCCAGCCAAUCAUUGUUCUUCUGGAAACACAUAUGAAAUAAAGUAAAAUUGGCAGCCAAGUA